AUGGCGGACCCAAGCCUGCUGCCGCCGCCUGCGAGCCCGCCCGGCCAACGAGCGACGAUGCGCCGGCACCUUCGAACCACCUCCCUAUCUCCCACUCGACAACGUCCCGGAGAUGCGCUGCUCUCCCGCCUUUCGCCAACGUCAGCGGUCGAGGCGCUCCGGGUCCCUUCAGGUGAUCUGAAGGCUUGCCUCGACGACGCCUCAGCCUCCGAGCAGCAUUUCGCCAUGAGGACCGCUGUCGCCUCGAAAAAGAUCCACGACUGGCUGGAUGAGUUGUCGGGGUGGCCCUGGCCCAAGGAAAGCACAUCUGCUGGCUUUGAGAUGCCUCCAGCUAAAAGACGGAAGACAUCAGGACCUCCCGAAGCAAAUUUGGAGCAGGGGCUAGGCCAGGGCUCACAGCCAACUGUUGAGCCGCAAGUUUCCUACCUGGGCAGCCUCCCCGCGAACGACGUCAUUCACUACGAGGUCAGGGUCGAACAGAUUCAGAAGGACAUGGACGCGCUUGACCUGGAGGAAAUCAAGUUCCAAGUGUUGCAUCAUCACAUCAUGCCUUUGUCUCGACCAGGCACCCCCUUUUCAGACGCUGGAAUGUCUGUUGCCAGUUCGAUAUCGUAUACCAAGAUGGAGGAUAUUACAGCUGUGAUCACGGCUAUAACGGUGCAAGCACUGCCAAACUUGACCAGACUCUCUAGAUUACUAAACACCUGGAGUGUUCGGAUAAUCGUGCUGAAAAAAGUGCCAUCUGUGCUUGCUAUGAUUGCGGACGCCGAGGUUGCGCUCGAAUCGGGGUGGAACGCGAUUAGACUCGAAGCCACAGCGAAGGGCUCGAUGGGAAACGGCAGUUCCGCCACGCUCGUACGAAAGGACUUUGAGGUUAUGCAUUCUGUCCUGCGACAGAAAGUGGCGCAACCGGGUCGAGAUCUGGACUUCAUGCUGGAUGCUUUGGAAGGCAAGAGGGAUACAUUACCAGACGACUGGCUCGAUCGAAUGGAUGCCGUGGAGAAGAACUACGCCGAGUGGGUGGCAACAGCCGAACGUCGCGUCCGCGAGGGAGAGUUAUCUGAGAUAUAUGGGCCCCCCAAUUCAGAUGCGCUUCCAUCCACGCCACAGACUCCUCAGCCAAAAGUCCGGAUUCAACCGCCAAGUCCGACUAAGGAUCGAACUGAGACAAAAAAGCCCAGUGAUGUGCGUAUACUGGUUAAGGAGCCAAGUAACGACAUACCUGGGUCAGUCAACCAAGUUCUUGACAUCAGCAAGAGUGCGGCCCACCAGAAGGAUGUUGAUUCGGGAGUGGCCGUCGAGGAUCCCAGUCUUGACUUUGGUAGCGAGAAUGUUGGAAGUCGAGGUUCAGCUGCUGGGCGUACUGUCCCAGAUCUCGACGGAUCGGCUGAGAGGCACGACGGCCAGGAGACAAAGCACGCUCUGUCCGAGUUGGAUCACAACAUUGUUCGUGUAACACCCGCCGAGUCAUUGGCACCGAGCCCUCAUCUGUAUCGAAAAGCAAGUCCAGAUGCGGAAGCGGAAUACUCAUUCCUGGAAUCCGUCAACGAGGAAGAUGAAGAAGAUGAACUUGAUCUCCCCCCUGCGCGGUUCGUGCCCCGGAAAGGAAGCCACGAGUCACUUGCUUCGACCGUCCUCCACGAUCCUGUCAGCGAAUUGGCCUAUUCAGACAAUAGUCCUUUCAGGGAAGAGUCCGUUGAGCAUGAGCUUCCUCGUCUACCUGAUCCGGAUGAGCCCUUCUCAAGCGAUGCUCUAAGUCCUCCCAGCUCCCCACCAUUACGAUACAAACCAAGGACUACCUCUGUAUCGUUCAAUGAAAUCCCAGAGAUCUCCGAACUGCCCGAAGAAGAGGAAGUUACCCCACCCAGAAGUCCCUUCGAGCCGGCCGACGUGUACGACCCCGAGAGCUCGUUCGAUUAUGGCACGCAAACGCCUAGCCAGAUGAGUGUCAUCAGUGAAGGCGGCGACGACCUGCAUCAACAGAUCAGAGCAGUCCUCAAGAACAUUCCGAACAAAAUCCGCCUGUCUACAAAGCCGUCUGCGAUCAACCUAAACCCACCAGACCUGCAGCUUCCUUCGCGGCCGAAGGCCAGAAGCUCAGAACCCUUCCGUCGAAGCGGAUCCGCUCUAUCGACCAGAUCAACCAUGUCUUCUCGUUCAGGCACCCCGUCGUGGCUUCUAGCACCCGCGAGGGCCCCGCGUCCGCACUCAAGGGCACAGGACGCGAAGACUUAUUAUCUCUCUCGUUCGCCCAACGAAGCUCCUAUGAAGCUGCUUGUCCGUUGCGUGGGGGAGAACGGUGAGCGCGUGAUGGUCCGCGUAGGCGGUGGUUGGGCCGACCUAGGUGAAUAUCUCAAAGAAUAUGCUAUCCACCACAGCAGUCGCUCGAAGGGUGAGGGCAAGGUGGAAGUCAAAGACUCAUCAACCUUGUCCGCAGGCAGGCUUGGUUCCAGCCCGCCUAGUAGGCCUGGAUCCGCGCUUGACACUCCAAUGACACCCCUUGCUGUCCGCAAGACUAGAAAGAGUGUGGGCGAAGAGGGCUCAUCGAGGCUUCCAGCCACACCGAUGACACAAACUACGAACCGCUCUGAUACGCCAUCAUCCGAUGCUUCCAACGGAUCUUACACCUCCCGAGCUGCCACCAACCCAAACAGCAGCAUUCUUGGUAUGUCGGGCCCACAUCCCAAGAAGGCGAGAGCGCUCAGCGAGGAGAGCCGCCAGUGGGUCGAGGAUGUCAAGAACAAGGUCCGCACCGCUAGUGGCGAGCAGCGGAACGCCCAAGAGACGGCACAGACGGAGGGAAAAUUCGGCGAAAUGGGCAAGGUCGGAGGAACGAAAAGGUUGUUCAGGAAGAGCUUUGCUUAG